UUUCCGCGUUCCUGCCGCUGGUCUCACCAGUCACAAGACGCGAAUUUUUGUUCGCCUUGCAAUAAAAACAAAAAUAAACCAACUUAAGCCCACUGAUACGAGGACCAGUAAUCUUCAAUGAAAUCACUAUUAUUAGAUAAACUGCCAUCGACCACCUGCAAGCGCGCGCCCAGCGGAUCACCCCCAUCCGCCAACGCACACCACCACCACACCUGUGUGUCGGCCGCCCACCCAUUUUGGUCGUCGGUCCGUUAAUGUUAUCAGUUCAGCAGCAGAGGCAGCAACAUCGAGUGGGCGCGCACAAAAGGCCACCCACCGCUCAAGGACGAAUCGUAGGCAAAGAUUCAAUCCGCUGCAGUUGCUGCAGAAGCAAGGCAGCGACGUAACCAAGAAACGUGCUUUGAAUACCAAAACUAUUUAUUCGGACCAUGCCAAUGCCACGAACGUCGAUCGGCUGACAGGAUUUUGUGGCGAGUGAACAACAAAACCACACUUAUUCAUUGUGAGCAAUAGAAAGUCUAGUCAUUAGUUCAUAUGGAUGCUACCGCAAGUUCAAAGUUUAGCGAUGUGGAUGAGUAUGGCUUCAAGCGUGGCGACCACUUCGACUAUAACAACUACUCCAAGUUCAUGGAUGGCUAUUUGAAAACGCUGACGCGACGGCGCAUGAAAUGGGAGGCUAUUCUUCAGCAGAACACCGAUCUCACCCAGGUGGACGCCAAGCUGAAGCGGUACAUACGAAAAGGCAUACCUGGUCCGUACCGUCCCGACGUCUGGAUGAAAAUAUCUGGCGCCGCCGCCGCCCAGCGACGCUCCCCGGAUCUCUUUCGCAAACUGCUUCGUACUGAGCCCUUCGACAAGGAAAUCAGCGAUUCCAUAUCAAUCGAUCUACCUCGAACCUUCCCCGACAAUAUUCACUUCGACACGAAGAAGCAACGCCUAUACAACAUCCUCAUCGCCUACGCCCACCACAACCGGGAUGUGGGCUACUGCCAGGGCCUCAACUACAUAGCUGGCCUGCUUCUGAUCGUCACCGACGACGAGGAGAAGUCCUUUUGGCUGCUUAAGCAUAUCGUGGAGAACAUCGUGCCGCAGUACCACUCACAUAACAUGGCCAAUCUGCUUAGGGAUCUGGCUGUGUUCCGGGAGUUGGUAAUCCGGCGGAUUCCCGCUGUGAACCGGCAUGUGGAUAACUUGGGACUACCCUAUCCGGUGAUCGCCAGCAAAUGGUUCAUCUGCAUCUUUGCCGAGGUGCUGCCCGUGGAGACGGUGCUGCGUAUCUGGGACUGCGUCUUCUCUGAGGGCUAUAAGAUCGUUUUCCGUGCUGCCCUGGCCAUGUUCGUCACCCACAAGAACGAAAUCCUGGCCUGCGACGACAUAGCCGCCUUGGCCAACUUAUUCCGGGACAUCAUGAUCCAGGACAGCAUUGUGACGGACUGUCAUGGCUUUGUGGAUGCCAUGUUCAGAAUGCGCCUAAAGCGAAGCGAGCUGGAGAGCCUCCGCAAGGUAGCCGUGCUCAAUCCGGCCUAAAAAGACCGAAAGAAUGAGGGCUUUAUGACCAACGGAUCAAACAAUAGCAACAAAACCAAAAACAAAUUGGAGAAGCAAUCGAAAAAUUCAAUUAUUAGAAGCGUAGUUCACCCGUGUCAUUGUUUUUAUGUCCAUGAUUGUGAGUGUGCAUUAUGUAAUCGUUUCUAUAUAGUACGUACCUAUAUGUGCGCGCAUUUGUAUUACCAUUAUAGCCCAAUUGUAGUUAAGAGCAAAAUAAUUCGUGUAUUAGCCAACGAAAUCAAAUCGAGUUACCAAAGCGAAAUUUAAAAUGGAACAGAAAAGAACAGAUUAGUUUAACUGAAUGUGUACCUACCUUUUGUAGUAGAAGUAGUAGCCAAAAGUUUAUAGUUAAUAUCUUCCGCAUGUAGACUAUAUAGAGCAUAAACAUACAUAUAUAUAUAUGCCUAACCAACAGCAGCGCAUUUAGCCCACGGUUCACCCAACAACAAACCAUUUUUGUUCUAAGUUAUCUUGUUAAUCAAAGAAGUAUUUAUUUUUGAGUAUAUGUACUUUGACAGGAAGCUAUGUAAAUGUCUACUAAUAGUUAAAAAUUGUAUUUACUUUUAUAUAUAUAAAUGCUUUUAAAGUUGUUACAUAGUUGACUACCUGUAAAACGUGUGUUAGCCGCAACCGAUUUGUCUCGAAUCGGUUGCCCAAUACUCAAUACUAUUUACAAAAGAUUUAUCCUGAAAUAUGAUUUGAGGAAUUGAUUUGUAAAUGCAUUAUCCCGUCAGUCAUUGAACCCAAAACCUAUUUCCUUACGUGGAAGAGGGCUUCAAUGGCUAAUGGGUUUUGUAUUUGUUGCAGCCGGCAUGCUUUUUAAAUAAAUCACUAUUGCUAACUGUUAGUUACUGUAGAAAUAUA